CUUGUCCCUCCCGCCUCUCGCGCUCUCCCUCCCCUCGCUUUCAUCCUCCUAUCCCCACCUCUCCAACCUCCGCUUUCAUCCCCCUCCCCUCUCCUCUCCUCCCCGCUCCCGCCUGCCCCACCCCUGGGAAGCCCCUCCCGUCGGGCAGCUCCGCCUAUAUAAGCGGGUUCCCUGCCCGGGGGCGGCAGCGGCUGGUCGGCGGCAGCUCUGCUGGUGCGGGGGCGGCGAGCCGAGGACCGAGCGACCGCGGCCGGAGCGCGCCGGCCACCGCCCGCACCGCCCUUGCGCCCGCCCUCCGGACGGCCGCAGCCCUGCGGGUCUCCGCUCCAGACCCACCCCCGCCCCACCCCGCGCGCCUCUGCCGCCUCUUCCAGAGACCCAGCUUGCUGAGCGGCCGCCGCUGCUGCUGUCGCCGCCGCCGCCGCCACCGCGCCAGGUUCCGGCCGCGGCCACCCUCCGCCGUCCAGGGCCCCUCCGUCCCGCCCGCGGGACCCCGGCUCCCCGCCAGCUCCGGCCCCGGCACCAUGUCGGAGAAGAGCGUGGAGGCAGCGGCCGAGUUGAGCGCCAAGGACUUGAAGGAGAAGAAAGAGAAGGUGGAGGAGAAGGCAAGCCGGAAAGAGCGAAAGAAAGAAGUGGUGGAGGAGGAGGAGAACGGAGCUGAGGAGGAAGAAGAAGAAACUGCUGAGGACGGAGAGGAGGAGGAUGAAGCGGAAGAAGAAGAUGAGGAAGAAGAAGAAGAUGAUGACGAAGGGCCUGCGCUGAAGAGAGCUGCUGAAGAGGAGGAUGAAGCGGAUCCCAAGCGGCAGAAGACAGAAAAUGGGGCAUCGGCAUGAGCCCCCUGCCAGUGGGCUGGGGGUGGGAGGCCCCUCAGGGCCUGGAGGUGGGGUGGGAACAGAUGAGUGCAGCCACUUUUCACCUGGCUCCUUGCUCUGGGCCCUGCACCAGAGCUGCCACCCUCUUUCUCCCCAGCCUUCUCAUGUCCGCCUCUCCAGACACUGCCCCUCCCUCAUCCUUACUCUGCCAUUGUUCCACCUCCUGACCUGCUCCAUCUGAGCUCCCCAGCUGGUCCCCAGUGGCUCCUCUCCCCUUCCUUGCCCUCUUCCUCCCUCCUCCAGCCAAUCCCACCCCUCUUCUGGUAGCCUCUCCUUCCUCACCUCUGCAUCCCAGCCUCGUGUCCUGCCCAUCCCUCCCCUGCCUGAUCCCUGGGUCUCCCUCAGAUUCCCUUCUCUCAGACAGCGCCAGGCCGGGGUGGGGCCGGGGUUGGGGCCAAGCCCCACAGCCGCCCCCCUCCCCUCCCCUUUUUGUAUAAUUUAAUAAAGAAAUGGUCGCGCUUCUGUUUUUAA